AUGGAUGACCAGUCUGCACGAUUACCAGUCACAGGAAAUGCUCCUGCUACUGGACCUCGAGCCUCGGAAGGCCUCUCUGUGACUGCCCCCAGCGAAGCUCCAACGCCUCAUGGAUUGUACAAUUACAAGCCACUGGCUCAGGACAACAGCAACAUACGAGUCUUGAUAGUCAACCCAGGGAAGUUUGACGAUGAAAUCCAGAUACAGCUGAUGACCGUGCCGUUCAAUGGCCCCAAGCGCAAGUUGCCCUACGAGGCAUUGUCCUAUACAUGGGGCAGUCCGGAAGACCCCCAAGUCGUCCAAGUCAAGCUCAAAGACGCUUUUCAACUGAUCACAGUGACUCGCAACUGCCUAGAAGCUAUCAGAUAUCUACGCCGCAAUGAUAAACCAAGGAUGGUCUGGAUAGAUGCGAUCUGCAUUAACCAAGCUGACCUCGAUGAGCGGGCUCGACAAGUUGCGAUCAUGAGAGAUAUCUAUGCCAGAGCCUUGCGAGUCGUAGUCUGGAUUGGACCAGCAUCGAGCGAUAGUGGCCUGGCUUUCAGAUGGAUUGAAUUAGUUCGCCGCGAGGUUUGGUAUGAUGUAACAACAAUGGAGCUGCAUCCUGUCACGAGCGAUUCCCGACGGGCCGACAUGAAGGAGGUCCUGGCUAGUGAGGCCGAGCUGGAAGCAUUUACCAAUCUGAUUGAACGGCCAUACUUCGAGCGUCUGUGGGUGUGGCAAGAAGUCCGGAUGGGUGGACAAAACGUGAAGCUUCAGUGCGGCAACGAAGAAACAACAUUCGCAUCACUUAUGAACAUCGUGAACUACUGCUGUCGCAAGUUGGUGAAGGGAGACAUAGGUGUGCGCCGACUGACUGCCCGUGGCAACUUCAUACGCUUGCUUCCCUUGGCUGGGCAGUUUUCCAGCCUUGACGCGAUCAACACGAUGCGAAUCUGCCAAUGUGCGGACCCCCGGGAUCGAAUAUACACUGCUCAAGCGUUCGCUCCUGGCUCUGCGGCCCUUCAGCUUGCAAUCGAUUACAGACGGGCAAUAUGGGAAGUCUACACCGAGUAUACUCUUCGCCAUCUCGUUUCGGUCAAGGACUUGGAUUUCUUGCUCUACGUUGGCGACGACGUGCCUCAUGAAAACGGAGUCUUGAUAGACGACCUCCCGUCCUGGGUGCCUGAUUGGUCCAGACAGAAUACAGCAGAGCGAUUGGCGCUGAGCUUUGCGAGCGGCACCUCAGCAGCCUCCAUUGUUAGGCUUUCUCCAGAUGAGCGGCGAUUGACUGUUCGUGGAGUUCAUGUUGGGAAAGUCGCCAAGACACACCCCAUUGGAGUCAACUUACUCACCCACAAAAACUCAAACGUGUUUCGCAGGACUCUUCAUGAUGUACUCGAAGCUGCACUGCCAAAGGAGCUGAAAUUACAAUCAGUCAUCCCUCCGAAUGCCGAUCCGAAGAUAUGGCCGCAGGGCACAGACCGCAGUCUUUUCCUUCAGCUGGUUCGAGUACUGACCACCGACUCGUACGCUGAACAUUAUGUUCCCAAUUCUAGCCGUCCGACAUUUAAACAAGUCGAAAGGUUCGUUAUCGAAGCACUUUGGAACAUUGGCCCCGAAAUCGUGAGCUUGGAAACAGCGUAUGUGAUCAAAUCGUUCUACAACUGCCGUGGUCGAUCUUUGUUCACUACUGGCGACGGGCAGCUCGGCUUGGGACCACACAAUAUGCAAGAGGGGGACUGCAUGGCUGUACUGCUUGGCUGCCCCGCCGUCAUGAUUCUUAGACCACAGGCUGAUACUAACGACAACACCUACGAGGUAAUCGGCAACGCCGUCUGUACCGGCUUGAUGGACGGCGAGGCACUCUUGGGCCCUUUACCAGAGCAGUACGAGACUGUCAAUGUCUUGAAUGCGUCUUCCGGAGCUUAUCGCCCUGCUUUCCGGGACAAACCAACAGGUGAAGUCAUCUAUGAGGACCCUAGGCUCCCGCCACUGUCGCCAACGUGGAAGAACGUCACAGCGCAGACUAAUAAUGAAGAUGCGCCGUUGUGUUGGCGCAACCAGGAAACGAACGAAUGGCGACAUUAUUUGCGAGAUCCGAGACUUGAUGCUGAUGCACUGACAGGUCGCGGCUGUAACUUGCAGGAGUUUUGUCUUGUAUGA